CGAAACUGCCCUCCAAGCCCCCCAAGCCCAAACGCGCGACGCGUUUUGACGAUCUACUGUACUUUACCUUACUCUACUCCACUGUACUUUACCCUCGCCCGUCCCCAAGACAACAAACCACCAACUCCCCCAAACAAUACCAACCGAUAAUCACCACUUCCAAGACCACUCGCUACAUUCCCUACUCAUCGUGACCUAUGGCUCUUCCAGUCAUUGACAUCGGGAUCGAUUAUGAUCAGCAACAAGCGGCAUUCCAGGACUUCCUAAAAAGUUUCAAAUCCACACGGUCCACCGAAGAAGCCGCUCGCGAUGCGCUAUCCAAUCUGCAGGUGGUCGAUGAUGAGGAAGAAAUUCAGGACACGCCGCGGCGUCGUGGCGGGAGGAAGGCACAGAGAGCUCCUCGACAACGGCAACCAGAGCCAGAACUCAAGCCCAAGUACAUGGAGCUUCUCCAGGAAAUCGCGAACCGUGAGCGGCCAUCCGUUGUCAUCGAUUUGGAGGAUCUGAAGGAGUACGAGGCAAAUAGUCCAGAGUCCCUUCGCUUGGUCAAGUCGAUACAAGAGAACACUGCACACUACAUCGACAUCUUCUCGAGAGCGAUCGAUGCUGUGAUGCCGCCAACAUCAGUGGAUUCCACAUAUAACGACGAUGUUCUCGAUAUUAUCCUCGCCCAGCGCCGCGCUCGCAAUGCUGCCGCUGAGACUCGGCAGGAGGAUGGCUCGGCGGCUUUCGAUGGCCAGCCUCAGUACUUCCCCGCCGAGUUGACCCGCCGAUACCAGGUCUUCUUCAAACCCCUACACCCAAGCGGCUCCGGAAACAAAGCACUGGCGGUGCGCCAGGUCCGUGGUGAACAUUUGGGACAUCUCAUAACUGUCCGGGGUAUUGCGACUCGAGUUUCGGACGUCAAACCGGCCGUCAUUGUCAAUGCAUACACAUGUGAUCGAUGCGGAAGCGAAAUCUUCCAGGAGAUCAAGACAAAGUCUUUUACACCAAUGAUUGAUUGUCCGUCGAAAGAGUGCCAGGACAACCAAGCCAGGGGACAGCUCUUUCCAUCCACUCGUGCUUCGAAAUUCCUGGCCUUCCAGGAAAUCAAGAUUCAGGAGUUGGCGGAACAAGUGCCCGUCGGUCACAUACCCCGCAGUCUUACAAUUCAGGCUCACGGUGAGCUGUGCCGUACCGUCAAUCCGGGUGACAUUGUCGAUAUGGCCGGAAUCUUCUUGCCGACACCUUACACCGGGUUUAAGGCCAUCAAGGCGGGGUUGCUGACGGAUACCUACCUUGAGCUGCAACACGCUGAGCAGCACAAGAAGCAGUAUGAUGAAGUCGGUCUUGAUGCGAAGACCAGGCAACGUUUCGAGGAGCUCCGCAGCCACGGCAACUUGUACGACACACUUUCACGUUCGAUCGCACCAGAAAUCUUUGGCCACGAAGAUGUCAAGAAAUGUCUUCUGCUUCUUCUCAUCGGUGGUGUGACCAAGGAAAUGGGCGAUGGAAUGAAGAUUCGUGGUGAUAUCAACGUCUGUCUCAUGGGAGAUCCCGGUGUGGCCAAGUCGCAAUUACUCAAGUACAUCACCAAGGUUGCGCCCAGAGGUAUUUACACUUCUGGUCGUGGUUCCUCGGGAGUCGGUUUGACUGCUGCGGUCAUGCGGGAUCCCGUCACAGACGAGAUGGUGCUGGAGGGAGGUGCCCUAGUUCUGGCCGACAAUGGUAUCUGUUGUAUCGAUGAGUUCGACAAAAUGGACGACUCGGAUCGUACAGCUAUCCACGAAGUCAUGGAACAGCAGACCAUCUCGAUUUCCAAAGCCGGUAUCACGACUUCACUGAACGCACGUACAUCGAUCCUUGCAGCCGCCAAUCCCCUCUACGGCCGUUACAACCCCAAGAUCUCACCCGUUGAGAACAUCAAUCUACCCGCUGCCCUUCUCUCUCGUUUCGACAUCCUGUUUCUGAUCUUGGAUACCCCUACUCGCGAGAACGAUGAGGAGCUUGCUCGCCACGUUACCUUCGUUCACAUGGAGAACCGACACCCCGAGAUGGACUUUGAGCCUCUGUCGCCAGCAGAGAUGAGGGCAUACAUUGCGCAGGCUAGGCAGCACCGUCCCACCGUGCCCAAGGAAGUUGCGGACUACGUCACCCAGGCGUAUGUUCGUUUACGGCAGCUGGGGAAGCAGGAGGAGGGUGGCAAGAAGCACUUCUCGCACACUUCGCCCCGUACCCUUCUAGGUAUCUUGCGUUUGGCCCAGGCCCUGGCACGAUUGCGCCUCUCCGAUACCGUCGUGAUGGAAGACGUCGACGAGGCGCUCCGUCUGAUCGAAGUCUCCAAGGCAUCUCUGUACGACACCGACUCGCACACUGGUGCUGACGUGACGAUGUCCUCCAAGAUCUACCGGAUCAUCCGCACCGCGGCCGGUAAGGGCAGCGAGGUCCUCAUGCGUGUCAUCCGCGAGCGUGUUCUGGCAAAGGGAUUCACCGAGGACGCGUUGGUCAAGUGUGUAGAGGAGUACGAGGGGCUGGAUGUGUGGCAGAUUAGUGAGAACGGCACGAAACUUACGUUCAUUGGUGCAGACGACGAGGAAGAGGAUGAGGACGUUGAGAUGGCGGAAUAGAAGUGUAGGCGGUGGAGUGAUCUAAGAUGUGUUUAUGCCUUUUCUUGUUCUUUUCUCCCUGUGGACAGAUGCUUUCUUGCGGUGGUGUAAUAUAUACCAAAUACCAAUUGCCUACGUUGUAUCGAUGGUCAUGUAGAGUAGUGAGGGGAAAUGGAAUUGACUGGC